CAUCAACUUGCCAAAAGAACAUAAUCCCAUGCCCCAUCUCUCUCUUUUUGAAGAUUCUCAAUUAGGCUAGGGUGAUUCUCAAUUAGGCUAGGGUUUUAUAAUUGUGCUGCAGAAGGGGAAAGAGAGACAACCAACCAAGGGAAGAAGAAGAAGAAAAUGGAAGGAUGGGAUCCAAAUACGAAAUCAGCACUGACAAAAAUCCCUCUAUUGACAACAAAAGCAGGUCCAAGAGAUGGAGCAGCUUGGACAGCAAGAUUGAAAGAAGAAUACAAAUCAUUGAUAGCAUAUACAGGUAUGAAUAAAUCUAAUGAUAAUGAUUGGUUUAGGAUUUCAGCUGCUAAUCCUGAAGGGACAAGAUGGGUUGGUAAAUGUUGGUAUGUUCAUAAUCUGUUGAAAUAUGAAUUUGAUCUUCAAUUUGAUAUUCCUGUUACUUAUCCAUCUACCGCUCCUGAACUUGAACUUCCGCAACUUGAUGGAAAAACCCACAAGAUGUAUAGAGGUGGUAAGAUUUGUUUGACUGUUCACUUCAAGCCACUUUGGGCAAAAAAUUGUCCUCGGUUUGGUAUUGCACAUGCUCUUUGUCUAGGUCUUGCUCCGUGGCUUGCAGCAGAGAUUCCUAUACUCGUCGACUCUGGCAUGAUCAAGCACAAGGAUGAUGCUUCAUCCUCUGGUGAAUCAUAGUAUUUCGUCUGGUACUAAAACUGCAAUGAUCACAAUCAACUUAAAAAGUCCCUUUACCUACAUGAGAAAUAAAUAAAUGUCGAUGUGCAUUAUCGGGAUCUAUCUCCCUUUGAAACAAUAUUAUGUAUUAAGCCAGUAUUCCAAAGUAAUGUCUUUUUAGACUUUUUACUCUUCUUA